AUGAGGGUUAAUGCUGUUGCGUUUGUUUACAACCAAGCGCCUGUACUGGUACGAACCUACACAGCAUCGAAAGAUGCAGAGCUCAAGUAUCAUUAUGUCGCGCACACCAGUCUCGAUGUGAUAGAUGAACGAGUUGCGGCCAUCAAAGGUGGCGAUUGUUAUCUAGGCCUACUGCAUACUAUGGAGGACCUUGCUGUAUAUGGCGAGUUUCGCGCUAUCGCGGGCUACAUUACCCCCACACGAGUGAAAAUAAUACUAGCACUCGCUUUAGCGGAUUAUGUGGUACGCGACGCGGAUGUUGUCAAUAUUUUUAGAACACUACACACCGCCUACGCAGCCGCUCUUAGCAAUCCGUUUUAUCGGCUUUCUGCUCAGUCAGACUUGAAGGCCCCAACUAUUGAGAAUCAGGCUGGAAAAAAUAACCUCGGAAAACGCGUAGAUGAAAUUGUUCGUGUAAUUGGAACGAUCCCGGUUGCGGCCGAUGAGCAAGUAUAG